AUGUACCUCCGCGCGGCCCACGCCGAACUCAACAUCCCAGCACUACGCCACUUUAUCAAACAGAACCCCCUGGGUCUUUUCGUCACCGCUGUCGCGUCGCCGAACUUCCCAACCAUCCAGUGCACGCAUCUCCCCUGGCUGAUCGACGUCCAGGAUGAGACAAGCGAGACCGAACUAGGCACUCUGCGCGGCCACAUGGCCAGAGCCAACCCUCACGCCAAAGCGUUGAUAGAGGCUGUUACUGCUGCCGCUGCAGGACCGCGGAAAUCAAACUCGGACUCUUCGGUGUCCGACGACCGUGACGGUUGUCUCCUCACUGACGAAGUCUCAAUAAUGUUCACCGGCCCAGCUCACCACUACGUCACACCCAAGUUCUACGUCGAAACGAAACCCAGCACGGGCAAAGUGGUCCCGACGUGGAACUACUCUGCGGUGCAGGUAUAUGGCAAGGCGAGGAUAUACUGUGACUCUGGAAGGAGGGGCGGGGACGGGGGUGGCGGUGGUGGUGGAAGUGGGACAGUCGGCGACGAUGAUCCCAAAACAUCAACCGCAACAACAACAACAACAACAACAACAAGCUCCUUUCUUCAAAAGCAGAUCAGUGAUCUUUCAGACCACGCCGAGACGAACUUUGUGAUGGGCAACGCCACCACGACCACCGGUAGGAAGAACAAGCCGUGGAGCGUGGACGACGCGCCAGAGAGGUACGUGGAGAUCCUCAAGAAGAACAUCAUCGGGAUCGAGGUGCAGAUCACGCGGCUGGAGGGCAAGUACAAGAUGAGCCAGGAACUGGUGGAGGGGGAUCGGGAGGGCGUGAUCAAGGGGUUCGAAGCCAUGGGGACGGAUGAGGCGCUGACGAUUGCCAGGACGGUGGAGGAAAGGGGCCGGCUGAAAGAUGACAAGGCUCAGGCGGCAAAGGCGAAUGCUGCUGCAUAG